AUGGCUCAUAAUAGAGGUAACGAAGGGGUUGACAACAUUGCCCAUGAAAACGCUGAGUAUAUUAAUUAUGGGAUAGCAGCAGGUAAUGUUGGAGAAGCAGGAGUUGGUGAACGAGUUGUACCAGUUCAGCAACCAAUACAAAGAAGUUUGAGGGACUAUGUGCUACCUACUUUUGGGGGAUCAACAACAGAAGAUCCAAACUUACAUUUGGCUAAUUUCCUAGAGCUUUGCGCCACAUUUAGGAUGAACAGAGUGACAAAUGAUGCAGUGAGGUUGAGACUAUUCCCGUUUUCACUAUGGGACCAAGAAAAGAGUUGGCUUAUUUCCUUGGAAGCCAAUUCAAUCACAACAUGGGAGGAGCUCACUCAGAAAAAUUUGGCCAAAUUCUUCCCACCAUCGUUAUCUGCAAGGUGUAGAGGUAAAAUAAACAAUUUCAACCAAAGAGAUGGUGAGUCGCUGUAUGAUGUGUGGGAAAGGUUUAAGGAGUUGUUAAGAAAAUUUCCCCAAUAUGGAAUUGAGAAAUGGAUGUUAGUCCAUAUUUUUUAUAAUGGUUUGUGUAGUACUACUCGCACAAUCAUUGAUGCAGCGUCUGGAGGAGCAUUCAUGAGUAAGAGCACUAAUGAGGCUUAUGAUCUGUUGGAAGAAAUGGAUAUGAAUAACUAUCAAUGGCCAUUAGAAAGAGAAACCACUAACAAGGUGGCUAGAGUGCAUGAAUUGGAUGGCAUCUCGAUGUUGUCAGCUCAAGUGGCAACAUUGACAAAACAGUUACAGCAUCACAGUAUUCAAGCUCUAGUUAUGCAGAUGGAAGUCAUAUGUGAGUUAUGUUGGGGACCUCAUUUAUUUGAACAAUGCACAAUGAGGGAUUUUAAUAACAUUCUUAUGGAGCAAGUGCAAGCAAUAGGGAACUUCCCAAGGCCCUCCAACAACCCAUAUUCCAUGAGUUACAAUCCUGGGUGGCGGAAUCACCAAAAAAUUUCUUGGACAAGUGGUCAGGGUACUCAGCAACAAUUUUAG